AUGCCUUACAAUCACCCUAGGAACAACCUCAGUGCAAUUCCAGAGGUGAUGUGGGAUUCUGGCCUAAAGGAAAUGAAUGAAACCUGGAAAGGAGUGAUUGCCUGUUUUGGGGUAGUGGUCUUCCUUCUGAUGACCAUUGGGAUUAUUUAUUGGCAAGUAGUGGAUCAGCCAAACACAAACUGGAUCCUGAGAAGUAGUACCAGUGGCCUGAUCUGGGAUCGAAAAGAUCACAGUCUCAUCCUUCAGACUUUGAAAGAAGAAAGAACCUUGCUAAAGAUUCACAUGGGAAGCUUCCCAGAUGUGGAGAUACCUUUCAUAAAGAACAUAUGUUGGCAGAAUCGGUCUGAAUUCUGUUUCACCUGGGAAGCUAUAGUUGAACUGAAGGUCUUCCUGGACUCCAACUCUUCUCCCAACAGCGAGUGUUACAACAUCAACUGGACUCCCCUUCACUGCCAGGUGAAAGUAAAGGAUUGCUUUUCCAUGAUAAAUAUCUCCUGGUAUGGGGGAGCCAGUGUCAGUAGACAGCACUGGCCUCUGAAUAGUAUGAACAUCAAGCCCCAACCGUUCACUAUCAGUAACCUUAGUAAAAGCCCAAAUGCUUUUGGCUCUGUCUUAGAAAGAUAUUUUUUGGGAUCCACCGGAGUGACCAUGAUGAUGGCUUCAGAUACACCAAUCUCUCUCUCAGUGGAGAGAAACAAACAUUUUUGCCUUGAAAAUACCCCUGGCACGGACAUGGCUUCCCUGCAGUACACUGUGUGCGUGAGUCAAAAUAUCACAUCUGCUCAUCAGGAACUGGGAAGUCGACUUCCGAGACAACAACCAAGGUUGCCAGAUACAGACAUACUUAGGUUACCAGUCUGGAGGUAUUAUGGUAUGGCUGAUUCUUUUGCUCAAAUGGAACGAGGACUGAGAUCUUUCUACAAUAAGCUUCAAACACAUAAUCUUGGGGAGGGCAUAAUUGCUCUCAGUGAAGAGUCUACAAUGGUACUUCGAAAUUUGGAUCACGUCUAUUUACCUCUGCUCAGAAGAAAAAGGCUGCAUGCACCGAGAUUUAGCAUGAACUACUUCCGUAUGAAACCACUAAAACUUUCCAUCACUCUGUCCCCUUAUACAAGCAUCAACUCACCAAUUUUCCAAAGGUCCCUGCAAGAAGGGAAAGAAGAAUUUUGGUUGAGCCACCAUUCUGAAUCCAGUGACUAUUCGGUGCCACUCCUCACCAAAUGGAAAGGGCAGUUUUCAGCCUGUCUGAAUGUAACCAGUCAGGCUGCAGUGCUCUGGUACCUGGGCCAGGUGAAGCUCCUGAAACAACAACUGGGAGCAAAGUAUGUGGUUUUUGAAGGUAGUGAAGGCAACAUAUUUAUGGAACAAGCUAUCCCACCUCCUGCGGAACUCCGAGGGGAUCAGUACAUUCGUAUUUUGGGCUCAAUAGCAACGAUGUUGGGAAAUUCAUCAAUAAUUACUGGUGCUACAAGAUCCAGCCACCUGCCACUCUUUUUCCAAAUGAAUCCACGACAAUCUGACUGGAGUUACGCUGGUUUGAAAGGGAUUAUUCCAUCUGUGCUUCAUUAUAGUCUUCUUGGUUAUAACUUUUUCAUUCCAGAAGCAAUAGGUGGAACACUUUCAGGUGAAUUUCUGACUGAUGAAGAGCUAUAUAUUAGAUGGCUGCAAAUUGUCACUUUCCUUCCAGUCAUGUCUUUCAGGAUUCCACCAUGGGUCUGUUGUGGUGAUUGGGUGUUGAACCUCACCAGGUACUAUAUUCAGAGACACCAGAACUUUGUGGUUCCACUCAUUGAGAAAUACAGCAAGGAAUGGCUAUCGAGGGGGGAUCCAAUUUUUCGGCCCACCUGGUGGCUCAGCCCCACUGAGCCAGCUGCCUUUACCGUUGAUGACCAGUUUCUCAUAGGCGAGGAGGUUAUUGUUGCUCCAGUAACAGAACAAGGACAAUUCCAGAGGGACAUCUACCUACCUAGAGAAGGUCAGAAAUGGAUGGAUACCAACACUGCUCAGGUGUUUCAUGGAGGAAGCUUCCUCAGGAAUUAUUCAGUGCCUCUUAUGAAUGUGCCUGUUUUUAUUAAGAUUUCCUAG